AAAGUAAGGCGGGGCAUAUACGACAUUUCACGUACAAGUACACUCCAAAAGCUACUAAAAGCAGUGUACCGUGUACGUGACUAUGAAAUUACUAACAAUUGAGAACGUGCAAACAUGGAAUCUGACAGCGCUGCUCUCUCUUCUCUUUCAGCUCAAAGAUUAGCAGGAAAAGUUGCACUGGUCACUGGCGGUGCUUCUGGGAUAGGCGAGAGCAUUGUGCGACUAUUUGUCAGGCACGGCGCAAAAGUCUGUAUUGUCGACAUUCAAGAUGACAUUGGCCAACUUCUCUGUGAAACUCUUGGCGCAGACACAUGUUUUUACCACUGUGACAUGACGGUUGAAAAUGAUGUUUCUAGUGCAGUGGAUUUUACUGUUGAGAAAUUCGGGGUGCUCGAUAUUAUGGUCAACAAUGCGGGUAUAGUAGAUCCACCCUGCCCGGAUAUCCGCAAUACAGAUAUAUCAAUGUUUGAGAAGGUGUUUGCUGUGAAUGUGAAGGGUACUUUUCUAGGAAUGAAACAUGCAGCUCGCAUAAUGAUCCCUCGGAAGAAGGGAUCAAUAGUCUCUUUGAGUAGUGUAAGCAGCACGACGGGGGGUAUGGGCCCGCAUGCAUACACCGGUACUAAACAUGCUGUCUUGGGGCUAACGAAAAAUGUAGCAGCUGAGCUGGGAGCACAUGGAAUACGAGUGAACUGUGUUUCACCUUAUGCAGUUGCGACGCCAAUGGCUUUUGGCCACUUACCGGAGAAGGAAAGGACAGAGGAUGCUGUGGCAGGUUUUCGAGCUUUUGUUGCAAAACCAGCUAACCUUCAAGGCGUGGAGCUGACCACGAAUGACGUAGCAAAUUCUGUAUUGUUUUUAGCGAGUGAUGAAGCAAGGUACAUAAGUGGGGAGAAUCUUAUGAUUGAUGGAGGUGUUACAUGUGUGAAUCACUCACUUGGUGUAUUCAGAUGAGAUAGAUUGUGUUUCAAAUUUUUAACAGGUGGCAAUGGUGUGUUGUUUCACCUGGGAUAUGCGCUACGCGAUGUUAAAUCUAUGUUUUGCAUUCAAUUUCUAAAUUCUUAUUAGUUUCA